UAAAAAUUAGACUCCAGUGUCAUCUGUCACUUGAAAUAAAAACUCUCUGCUGCUCCAUUUCUUUUAUAAAAUUUAAUCGGUAUCCAAUGACUGAGCUCCGGUAAAUAAAAUUCAAACUUUACCGGUUAAAUGUUUACGAAAACGUAACAGGGGCGCGAAAGCUAAUACUUUGAGAUAAACAAAAUUCUCAGAACAAAAGAAACUCGAGUUAAAUCAUACAGUCAAACUUUUGCGUACAAACAUUCACGAUAACUUAAAACUUUGUUUUCUUUUUUUUUUUUUCGCUACCUAACCAAAAAAAAAAUAUAGUGUAUAUAUUUUUUAUAUAAAUAUAAUUAUAAGACUUUGGUUAAAAUAUGUAACAACCAGUUUUUUUUGUGUAAUUAUUUAAGUAUUUGAUACUUAUAAGAUUGUAGUGAUGGCCACUGAAAAAAGUGAAUCGCAGACGGAAGUUGACGAAAUAUUCGUCGAGUACAACAAAAAUUGGUGCUGCGUGUUGGAGGAUUUAAUCGAGUGCCCAAUUUGUUACGAAGUACCGACUGGAAAUAUUCUUCAGUGUACACAAGGACACGAUUUAUGUCACUUGUGUGUUAAAAAAGUUGAUUUAUGUCCAAUUUGUAGUGCUGCAUUUAAUGGCACAAGAAAUCGUUCUUUGGAAAAAUUAAUUCCGAUGAUAAACGAUUUUAAGUCUUUUUCAAUGGACCCUACAAAAGCAGGGGAAAAAUGCCGUCGGAUAAAAAAAAUUUCGAGGUCAACGCAAACUUUAGAGGGUAACGUGAAUCCGUUGAGGAGAAGCCAACGGACGAAAACAAAAAAUCUACAGACGAUUAAUUAAGUCUAUGUGCAAAAAAAAAAAAAUUAGUUUAAAUGGAAUUAAAAAUUAAACAUUACAACUUAAGGCCACAGUUAAAAAGUCUUCAAAGCUAAUGGUUAUGACUCCUGUUUGCUCAGUAUCACGUGCACGGAAUGCUUCUGCAAGAAAAAAAAAAUAAAUAUUAAUGUUUUGUAUUUUUUUAUUAAUAAAUAAAUUUAAUUACCAGUAAAUUUUUGUAUCUGCACACACAAUACGAUGAACUGAUCGACAGUAAUACUAGAGUGAUCAUUAAAAUCACUUUUUUUAAUUAAAUACUGAAUAAAUUCGGGAGUAAAUCUGUAGCCCAUCUGUGUAAGAGCUGCUGACAAUUCGCUUUCUUGAAUACUGCCCGAGUUAUCGCGAUCGUACCCACGGAAAACGCUCAACCAGGCGUUUAUAUAAUUGUACAGAGCUUGAAAUUCAUUUAAGUCAAUUGUUCCUGUCUUCUCUUUGUCAAACAUUC